CAAGCAUCCUCCGUUUGCGCGCCAGCACCGAACUGCCCGGUUCUGCCGCCUCUGUCCGCGAGGCCAGGUGGGGGGAGGCCGGAGGAGGGGGAGGGGGUAGAGAGAGAUUGCCAAUGCUGCGCUGCGCGCGCCCCGGAGCAGAGCGAGUGGCCUGCCUGCCAUUACUGUUCGGUGCGGUGAGGUAGGGAGGGAUAAGGAGGGAGGGAGGGAGGCAGCUGCUGGCGGCGCGCGGCGUCUCCGAUGGGGAAGGGAUAAGGGAAGGCCGAUGGCCGCAUCGCCGCCGUUUCUCCCUCGCCGCGAAUAGCUAAUCGUGUUCAAAGCAACCGAGCUGGCUGUUAAUCAACAAGAUGGACGGGAAAGACUUGUUUGUGGAGAUAGGGAUGAAGGAGGAGGACAUUGCCACAAUGCUAUUUGGGAAGAAAGUUGCUGAGCUGGCAGAAGACGCAUUUGAUGGUUCCAAGGAAGAAAGACAGAUCUUUGAGGGUGUUUUCUGGAUAACAGGCCUUGAUGGAUUAACUAAUCAUCAUCAUGAAGGCCCUGGACAUAUUGCAGAUCCAGGCAACCCAGUGACAGGGUCUAGCACACCAUCAAGUUCUGCCUCCAAUCACAAGAUGGCACACUGUCGCAUAGUUGAGUCCUUCACUGCUGGUAACUUAUCAAGCUACCGUGUCUUCUGUUUUGCUGCUGAUCAGCAGGAGCGCCGAGCAAUGCCUUCUCCUUAUGCUGGACCUUCUGAGCUUGUGGUGCAGUGGACGCCGCCUCCCCCUGAUCGAGUGUACACGCGUAGGGCGGUGACUCGCAGGAGCGAGAGAGCAAGAAUUUGCAGUGCUAUGGAUUUGGAGGGCAUUGAUAUUUGCAAUUCUGGCCGCCAGAGAGAUGGCCGUGGCUAUGGAAAGCUUUGGAAUCAUCUCCGUCUGCACGCACAUCUUCUGAUGGUGGAUGCUGGGUGGAAGGUCGAGGGCAAGAAAAGGGGUGGCAAGAGUAAGGUUGACCACAUCUAUGUGGCGCCGGACAAACUGACACAACUGUUUUCUCUUCCCAGGGCAUGGAAAUGCUUUGGUCAAUGGUUGCUUACGACUACACCCUGCACUGACGGAAAUGAGUCAAAUGACUAUGGAAAGGAAUGGUUGAACAUGCAUGACUUUUUGUAUGAUUUGAAGAACACACUGCUGUGCUUACAAUAUGAGGUCCAGCGUCCGAAGCAAUCAUUAUCUUUCCUCCACCAGUGGUGGCUCCUUGACCCUUUCAUGGCUGUAGUUUGCAUUGAUAAGAAGAUUAGAGCUCUGAAAAGUGGAGAGGCACUGAAAGCUAUGAACAGCAGUGUAACUUUCCUCAGUCACAGCGAGCGUAAAUUGUUGAGUGCCAAGAAUGAAAGCAGGCCACCUGGGUCAUGCAAAAAGAGUCUUCUGCCAUUUUUUCUCUCUGAAACUGAUGAUCAGCCUCAGCCUGAUAAGGAAGGAAGUUCUUCGCUCAAUGAACAAUCUUCUAUAUUUUUUUCAAACAAUCCAAGAGAAUAUGAAGCCAAUCAACAAUCACAGCGCAUCUCAGAAACAAAUGGACGAGGCAUAAGAAGCACAGCUCAUCGCAUAGUGAUGGGUCUCCAUGAUGCAACAACUUUUCUUGGCUCAAGACAAAAUUGUUUGAGCAAGAAAAAGAAAUUUCCGUGCAUCAAGUCUAAAGUGGAGCAGCAAGCUGAGGAUAAGUCUGAUCCAUUGUACUUCCCACCAGCAUUACAACACCUGGCUAACAAUGUUCAAAUAGAAGAUCUGAAUUCUCAUCGCUAUGAAACCGUGGAAGUUCCCUACGUGGCCAAUUCUGCAGGUACUUCAGAGGAGAUGCUCCUAGGAGAGAACUUACUGUUUUCCCCUGAGGUUGACGAGAUGCUACUUGGAAUUACAGAUGAUACCAACAAUGAACAGCAUGAUGCUGCAGUAUCCUCUGAGCCCCAAGUGGCAGAUAAAGAUGCCAAGAAUGGACCUUCUGGUGCAUCAUCACUACCAUUAGAGAAAAGUGAUUACAUGGGAUCUAAAGAAGAUUGUAUUGACAAUGGCUGUCCUGAUGCUGCGGUUGUCUCUCAAUGUCAAAUGGCAGAUAAAGAUGCAGGAGAUAGACCUUCAGGUGUAUUAUCGCUACAAUCAGAAAAGGAUACAGACUUGGGAGCUAAUAGUACGAGCUUGGAAGAUCCAACAAAAACAAAACAGUUACCAUCUGAAGCUAGUGGCAAUGCUUUGAUGAUCGCAGAGCCGCAAGUGUUGUUUGUGUCGCCUCAUGAUGGGACUCUUUCUUUUAUGAACAAUAGUAUGAACAGCCAAGAGAUGUUGAGCUUCCUGAAUGCUUCCCAUGACACCAUGGGUACUCAGUCAUCAGUUUAUAAGGCAAGCUUGAUUCAGGGUUUCUUAUACCUUGACAGUCAAGGUUCUCCGAUUUGUUGGACAGUAACAAACCCAGAACCUCAUAGGCAGUUGAUCUGUGCUGCUGAUGUGGAGCCAAGCUCGAAGUUGUCAAAACACUGUGGUGAAAUGAAUUUGGAGAAAGAGGCAUCAGCAUAUGAACAUAAAAAAAUAUUGGAAUCUGGCUCAAGUAUGAAAGGGAAAAAAAGGCAUGAUAAGAUUGCAGAUAUCCAAGACAAUGUCAGUAGAAAAAAACAUAAAGUGAAUGAUGCUCCAUUAAGCAAUUGCAUAAGUCAGUAUAUGGAUGAUGUAACUGACAACCCUGGUGAUCCUGUAGUUCUUGGUGAGGAAAAACAGAUAGUUACAGCAAUCAUUAAUGAAGUUCCUUCGAAUUUAGAGCCCAAGAAUAAGGAUGACAAGGAUCAAGAUGAACAAAGCAUUGAACAUUUAAAACACUCCAUGUCAGAAGAACCACUCAAAAAGGAUAACAAAAGGCAAAAGAAUACAAGGUCUCGCACAUGCAAGUUUGAUGAUGACGAUCUUCUGAUGACAGCUGUAAUACAUAAGUUGACUGCACGUUACAGGAAUUGUUUUCAUCGAAGGCUCACAAAUAAAGUUGGUUUCAGGCGUCUUCCAAGAUACCGCUGGGAGAGGGAAGGGGAAGGUAGCAGGAAGAAGUUGCAUGGAGGAACAAGAACAGUGUUGAACAAGUUACUUGAAAUGGGUAUUUUUGCUAAAGUGAACAUUCUUCAAUAUCGAGAGCCCGGAGGCAAAAAUGUGUUAAAGGAUGGGAAUAUAACUAGUAAUGGCAUUCGAUGCCGGUGCUGUGGCACCACAUUUACAAUGUCCAAGUUUAAGUGUCAUGCAGGUCUCAGGCAAGAAAUCCCAUCCCUGAAUCUUUCCUUGGGUACAGGUAAAUCAUACAGUCUUUGUCAGCUUCAAGCAUGGUCUAUAGAGCAAAAGGUCAGGAAAGAGCGUGCAAGAGAUACUAUGUCACUUCAAGGAGAUCAAAAUGAUGAUAUCUGUGGAUCAUGUGGUGACGCUGGUGAACUGAUAUGCUGCGACAACUGUCCUGCUAGUUACCAUCAAGCUUGCUUGCCUUGUCAGGAUAUCCCAGAAGGCAACUGGUACUGCUCUAGCUGCCUUUGUGACAUUUGUGGGGAAGUGAUCAAUUCGAAGGAGCUAAGGACUUCAGUCCCUGCUUUAGAAUGUUUACAGUGUGAAUCUCAAUAUCAUGCAAAAUGCGUAGCUGGCAAGGUUUUAUGCAAUGACAAAAGUGGACCUGAUAGAUUUCUUUGUGGAAGAAGAUGCCAGCAGAUUUAUACGACCUUUCAUUGUCGUGUUGGAGUGCCUGACCAUAUGGAUGAUGGUUUUUCAUGCACCAUUCUUCAUAAUAAUGGUGAUCAAAAGGUUCGUACAGCUGCGGAGAUUGCUCUCAUGGCUGAAUGCAACAUGAAACUAAUGAUUGCUUUGAGCAUUAUGGAAGAAUGCUUCCUGCCUAUCUUAGAUCCAAGGACAGGAAUAGACAUUAUUCCUUCUAUACUAUAUAACUGGAGGUCUGAUUUUGUACAUUUGGAUCACAAGGGAUUCUAUACUGUUGUCUUGGAAAAUGAUGACACCAUCAUAUCUGUGGCAUCCAUCAGAUGUCGCUGCAGGUUACAUGGUGCUAUUGUAGCAGAGAUGCCCCUAGUAGCUACUUGUACAGAGAAUCGUCAACAGGGAAUGUGCAGGCGCCUUAUGGAUUACAUUGAGGAGAUGCUGAAAUCCCUGAAGGUGGAGAUGCUACUUCUAUCAGCAAUACCGCACCUAGUGGAGACAUGGACAUCGGCAUUCAGGUUCAGAGAGAUAGACGGCUCGGAUAAGAAGCGGCUGAGUAAGGUCAGGCUGGCCUCGGUUCCGGGCACAGUCCUGCUGAAGAAAGACCUGUGUGAACGUGCAGGCACCCACGCUGAUGACGCAGUGGACGGCAUGGGGUGCCUCUCGUUCUGCGCUCGCUCGCCGCCGUCUCCUGCCGCCGCCGCUGUCGCUGAGAAGCAAGAUUGGUCUCCUGAAGUUUCUGCGCCAGUUUGUGUAAUGCAAAGUCUCGUUGACAAGCUAAGUGUUGUGAAGAUCGCUUCGCGCUCUGCGACCGCGAGCCCUCCUCCGUCGGACGGUGGUGUUUGUAGCGAACGAAGUAGCUCCGGCGAGCGUUCUGUAAAUAUUGCCGCCGCCGCCGGCGGCCGCCGGCCGGAGGAUGUUGUUACCGUGGCCUUUGCCGGGCCGGGCCCUAAACCUGUAUGGGAAAAGUAGACUGUGUUGGCAGUUGUGUUGUGUUUGUAGCGAACUUUAGCUCCCUUGAACUGAAGUUUCAGCGCUUCUCAGCCAUUGCGCUGGCAGCCGCCGUACAUGCUGUUUUUU